AUGUUGGAAGGAAAAGGUGUGGUGCGAGAGACAGACAUGUCAGAGGAUAUGCAGAGCUAUGUUAUGGAGUUAGCUCACCAAGCACUCGAUGCACACGAAGUUUCUGAUUGCCAGUCCAUUGCUAAUUUCAUAAAGCAGAAACUCGAUCAAGCAUAUGGACCUGCAUGGAAUUCCGUGGUGGGCAAAGACUUCGGAUCUUGCAUUACACAUUUAUGCGGAAGUUUCAUAUUCUUUCGUGUGGAGAUGAUGGAAUUUCUCAUCUUCAAAGAUGGCAAGGACUUCAGAGAAAGCAGGGAAGAAGCUAUUGGAGUGCUGCACAAGGCUUGA